CGCCAUUGCACUCCAGCCUGGGCAACAAGAGCAAAAGAACUCCAUCUCAAAAAAAUUAAAAAAUAAGUAAAUAAUUAUACCACUCCCAAACAAAUGCUUUACUUAACCCACUUUUAACCCUCUCCACAACCAAGAUAAAAUGCUUAGGCUGUUUCUUCUUUCCCAGCAGCUCUCCCCCUACCUUCUUGGGUUUUGCUGAGAUAAUUUCCAAGUUUUGGUCCCCGGAUAUCUCAAUAAUACUUAUUUAAGAAUUUUACUACAAGUUCACGCCAUAAUAUUAUCAUUCUUUUAGAUUUAACUGUAGUUAAGUAUAAAAAAUAUAGUACGUAUAAAUAUGCUCUUUAAUUGUUCAUAUUAAUCAAUGUUCGUGAAAUAAAACAGGCAAACAAAGGAUUAAUAUCCAAAAUAUACAGGCCAGUAAGACAAAGGCAAGCAAAUCAACACGAAAGUCAAUUAAUUGAGCAAGCAAUUCACAGAAGAAAUACUAGGAGACAAUAAUAAACAGAAGUUGUUUAACCUCAGCAGUAGUUGGACAGCUGCAAACCAAAAACAUUACGAUUCUCCAGCUCCCAAUCCAAUUGGCAAAUAUUUCUAAAACAACGUAGGCGCACGCCUGCCCCCAGGAGGGCCGCGCUUUGCACUUUGAGAUCUAAAUUUUUAGUUUCUAGGAUGCCAGCUUACCGGGUUUGAAAGAACAUUUGGCAAGCACGUAUAGAUAUCUGAUAAUAAUUGCAGACAGUUUUUAUUAUACUCUCAAAACAAUGCGACAAGAUAAUGGGAGUUGAAAUGGAACUGUCUCUGAAUUCAUUUGACCCCAACGGCUUUACUUACCCAAAAAAAAAAAAAAAAAAAAAGUGCGUAAAACCUAAAAUUGUACACUAGUAGUGGACGAAAGAUCGGCGACAAGAAUUUGAGUAAGCCUGGAACUGAGGGGAAAAUGCUUCCCUGCAGGUACUGGGCAAGAGAGGACACUCUAGAAACCUUCCGGGCAAGGUGUGCCCCACAUCCAGUGCUGGAUAGAGGAUGCAAAACGGCGCCCACUAGCUCCGUAGGAGUGGCCUUGAGCUGGACUGGCCGAAUAGGAAUGUUCGGAGGCGGGACGCUUUCCCCGCCACGCCCUCUGAGAGCUUGGGGCAGGGCUUCCUGUAGUUAGCGCCUUUCCAUUGGUCGAAAAUGGACCGGGGUUGGGAGAAGCCAAUCGUUGCCAGUCUUGCUAAAGCCGUCGCCGUAGCAACGCGCAGAGCGGCCUGGGAGAGUCUUCUGGAGCAGAAGGCCGAGUGGCUCAAGGCCCCACCGUCCAGGUGAGGGGCUGUGGUUUUUCGGGAUCCGGGACUAGUUACUGCCAAUGCCGGCUAUCCGCCCGCCAGCACGUCCGUGCCCUGAGCAGACCGCCUGGCCUCCUGCCUGACCCGUCUUCUCACCAUUGUCGGGCGCCUGACCUCCUCACAGUCUACUAACGAAGCUGUCCCUGCUCCUGCCCCACAGCUGCUAAGUGCCAGAUGAUGGAGGAGCGUGCUAACCUGAUGCACAUGAUGAAACUCAGUAUCAAGGUCUUGCUCCAGUCGGCUCUGAGCCUGGGCCGCAGCCUGGAUGCGGACCAUGCCCCCUUGCAGCAAUUCUUUGUAGUGAUGGAGCACUGCCUCAAACAUGGGCUGAAAGUUAAGAAGAGUUUUAUUGGCCAAAAUAAAUCUUUCUUUGGUCCUUUGGAGCUGGUGGAGAAACUUUGUCCAGAAGCAUCAGAUACAGCGACUAGUGUCAGAAAUCUGCCAGAAUUAAAGAUAGCUGUUAGUAUCCUCAUCUGCAAGUGUGGGAACUGAGACGUAAAGUGGCUAAGUAACUUGCCCACAGUGCCUUGGUAGGUGAGUGAUGGGGUAGGAAGAGGACACAGGUCAUGGACCCUGAAGCCAUCUAAGUCCCAUGAAACUCCAUUGCUGCCAAGCCCUGUGCAUGCUUCUAAAGAUUGGAUUUAAACCUUCUAUGCCAGUUCUGCCUGCCCAUCCUGUGUUGCUUAUAUUUAAGGCCUUUCGCACCUGCUAACCUUUCAAAUGUUUAUCUAUUUGAUAAUGACCUCUUUUUUUUUUUUUUUUUUU